AAGAGGCGGGACCAGAUGGAUGGAUGGGUGACUGGAGUUUCCCUUGCGGUCUGAAGAUUAAUGGAAGAGGUCUGUUGAUCCGGAGAAUCGACUAUCAGGUGGUCGGUCGCAGGAUUUUGUUGUUGCACUUCACGGCUUGUCAAGGGACGAAUGGAAACAUAUCAGUUAAAAUAACCGACUGUUGAAAAAAACGGGUUAACCAGAAACAAAUUCUGUCAAUCCAAGGCCCGAGACAGCACCUGGUUCGUUAAGGCCAGGAUCUGACUGCAAGGAACGCUAAAUGCUAAUGUCAGCUUGCUAGUUUAAAAAAAAAACACAUAAAAACACAUUUCGACGAUUUGCAUCGGAACCGGAUAUUGGAGAAGACCGAACCGCCUGUGGAAUAAAGGAGAAGCAGAUUGACAACUGCAGGAUUCGUCGGCGCUCUGUUGGAAUUCUUUGAGCUAACGUCAGUAAGCUGAUAUCUGCUUGCUAUCUUCGCGAGCUUAGCUAACCAGCAGUCAGUUUUAGCUCCAGGAUUGGCGACGGUCUUCUGACUGGAGUUUUUUUUUUUUCGUACUCACAACUGAACGAAGAAACGCGAAAAGAAUAAUUUUCCACUGCAUUCGUUUUUAAUAAUGCUAACCACCAGCUAGUAUAGCUAGCUGACAGCUUCGUCGAGUUCAACGACUUCCUUAGUGGAUUACUAGAACCAAGCGACUUUUCAGAGAGAGUCAAUCGGACCGAGAGGCACCACUAUCAGGCUGCAAUCAUGGGCAACACGCCCACCGCGAAGAAAGGCAAUGAAAUGGAAAGUGUGAAGGAGUUUCUUGCCAAAGCCAAAGAAGAUUUCCUGAAAAAAUGGGAAAAUCCAGCACAGCAAACGGCAGCAUUGGAUCACUUCGAGCGUUUGAAGACCUUAGGCACUGGCUCAUUCGGCCGCGUCAUGUUGGUUAAACACAAAGAGACAGGCCAGCAUUUUGCCAUGAAGAUACUUGACAAACAAAAGGUAGUGAAACUGAAGCAGAUAGAACACACACUGAACGAGAAACGUAUCCUGCAAGCUGUCAAUUUUCCUUUUCUGGUGCGACUGGAACAUUCGUUUAAGGAUAACAGUAAUCUGUAUAUGGUGAUGGAGUAUGUCCCAGGAGGGGAAAUGUUCUCACAUUUAAGGAGGAUCGGUAGAUUUAGUGAACCACAUGCCCGCUUCUACGCAGCUCAGAUUGUACUGACCUUUGAAUACCUUCACUCCUUGGAUCUCAUUUACCGAGAUCUGAAGCCAGAGAACCUCCUGAUCGAUCAGCAGGGUUACAUACAGGUAACAGAUUUUGGAUUUGCAAAAAGAGUGAAAGGCCGAACCUGGACGCUUUGUGGGACUCCAGAGUAUCUGGCACCAGAGAUCAUCCUCAGUAAAGGUUACAAUAAGGCAGUGGACUGGUGGGCUCUGGGGGUUCUGAUAUACGAAAUGGCUGCAGGUUAUCCUCCCUUCUUUGCAGACCAGCCUAUUCAGAUUUAUGAAAAGAUUGUAUCGGGGAAGGUUCGUUUCCCAUCCCACUUCAGCUCAGACCUGAAGGAUAUGUUGAGAAAUUUGCUGCAGGUGGAUCUGACCAAGCGCUUCGGCAACCUCAGGAAUGGGGUCAACGAUAUCAAGGGUCACAAGUGGUUUGCCACCACAGACUGGAUUGCCAUCUACCAGAGAAAGGUGGAAGCUCCUUUUAUCCCCAAGUGCAAAGGCCCCGGCGACACAAGCAACUUCGACGACUAUGAAGAAGAGGAGAUCAGAGUUUCCAUCACAGAGAAAUGCGCAAAGGAAUUUGCAGAGUUUUAGAUUCCAACCAGGGGUAGCAGAGCGAGGGACAGAGAUUUAGAAAGUAAGGAUCUGAAUACAGGAAAGGAAAGGCUAGGUUGGACUGACAACUUGUUCAUUUAUAAUGAGGAAAACCAUGUAAAAUCGCCCUCUACCCCCCACCCCUCCUCCCCCAAAUUGGUAAGAUAGGCAAAGUGAAGAAAGAUCUACAGAACCAGCAGUGUUGCCUUUUCUGAUUGUUUCUCAACAGUUUGCUGUUCAUUUAUUUCUCUCUCCUGUUUUUGUGUCAGAGUCUGGACAAGAACAAGCAUAGUCCUGUCGCUACAACUGUAUCUUUCUGGUGGUAUAAUGACACAUUUGCGGUCUUUAAAGGAGAGGGCACUGAUUUCUCUGAAGGUACAGAGUCUGUUGGGCUCCAUUUUGAAUAAGCCCACUCUACAAGGUGUCUCUAACAGCGGUAGAGGGAUCGUUGUAUAAUGUUGGCCUGUUUCCCUCAUCUCUCCAACCUGAAUCUGUCCAAGCAAUACCAAGUCCAACAGAUGUGCCUACUAUAAUGCCAACUGGUUGGAAAAAAGAAACAAACUGUGUAGUUGGUGCAGAGUUCUGGCUGUGGUGACGUUGAACCCUCGUGGCCAUUUGAUUGAAAGCUUGAAACCUUUCUGCACCUGCCUUCUGUCUGCUCAAUGUGGCAUGAUUCAUAGGUAGAUGAUGCCGUCCGCUGCUUGCGGUUGAAGCAGUUAGGACCUCUUUGAUCAGAGUGAAAUUUAUUUAUCACACUUAACUUCAUCUGGGUCUUAAUCUUUAAGGGACCCGAGAGAAGUCGGCGUGAGGUCUGCAUUUAAGUCUGUCUUUCUCUUAGAGGAAUUUACUAGAGCAUUUUGCAACUACUGUUGGUGAUCAUUUUGUCCUUUUUAUGUCGAUCUCUGUGCUUGUGUCAUUUAGUGCUCGAGGGUUGGUUAAUAAGCUGUUGUUUAGCAGCUGCUAACAUUGUGGUCACACUCCUGAUGAUAAAUCAUUUAAUUAAUUUUCAUAUUUCACAACCAAACAUAGGAAAAAUCCAUCUUUUCAGCAUUGUCUCAUAGCUGUAAAAGCAACAUUUAAUUUCUGUCAACUGAUCGCAGUUGUCUACAUGUUACUCUGGUGGAUAUAAAUACGCAAAAACAGUAGCAAAACUUUCUAACAGGGCGCGCAUGGUAUUUUUGUACAAUUUCACUUCUGAUGAGAGAAGACUGAGGAUUUAUUGAAAUAAGGUACCUGAGAUUGUUUGAUGCUGAAAUCGAGGCUUAACGAUGGAUUCAACAUGGGGGAUUACCCAGUGAAGCCGGACUGGGUCUUGCUCAGUUUUCACUUUUAGGGCGGAUGUUUGGAUAUUGUUUCCGAUGUUGAUAUUCUUAUUGACUUUUUUUGUUUUCUGCCCCCUUUCUUGUUUAAAACCCUGUCGCAUGGUUUUAAUACUCAGCCAAAUUUGGGGGAGGGGGCUUUUGAGGUUUGUUUAUCUGGUUUCCAGCUUCCUUUGCUAAGGAAGCUAUUCUGGAGCUGUCUACUUUUGCCAAGUUUAUUUCUGUGGAUGCAAGACAAUCGCAGACCAAAUCUUAGUGCUGGUUUGUUGACUGAACUCAUUGUUUUGUUUGAAGGAUGUAAGCUUCCACCAACCUUCCCUUCAUAGGCCUGAGGUGCUAGACUAUGUCCAUCUCUCUGCAGGAGCUUGUGUGACUUGUUUGAUGUGCAUCAACCUAUUUGUCAGAGUCUUGCAACAUGACAUUUUUAGAAUGUUUCUAACUACGUGAUUUCAGUAGACAGGAGUAAUUGAUUGGCAGUGUCUUAAUGUAAUCGAGAUCAAACACAGGAUACCUUUUGAAUGUCUUGGUAAGGAGAUGUUUUACUGCUCUGGAAACCUGAUGUGUAUUUUUUUUUUUUUUUAUAACGUGUUUCUUUGGUGAGCUUGGUUUUCUUUUUGCAUGUUGUAAAGCAGGACGAUGGCGAGACCUUUCCUGGAACUGAGACAUCACAGGAAGAAAAACAAAAAAAUCAUUGUUUCUGGAGCUGACAUUGUGUUUUAAAUUCAGUUUCUUUUUCCGACAUUACACUAAAUUAUGCCGCGUAUCAUCAACAUGAAUUAUCUGGAUAAUGAAGCACACGUUUUCUAAUCUGUUUCAAUAAUUUGUGCUUAUUCUGUACACCUUUGUAUUUUAAAGAAAGCACAUGUAAUGAGUUUUCCUCUUUUUCCUAACAAACAGCAAAAUCAGAGUUUGAGAUGUAGAAGGCAAAUCAACGCGAUCAACUCCUGACACUAAAGACAUUAAACUUCUGUUUGUUACACUUUUCCUCACACAAACUUUUGUCAGCUGCUUUCAUUCUUUUUUGCCAGCUUGACACUAUUGACUGCUCUGUGCUACAUUAAUUUUGUCUCCUGUUUGCCUUCUAUUUCCACACACUUUAUUCAAGCAUAACACUUUUUACAUCUGAGCUGUUUUGCGUUCAUAUUUUCUAAUUGUAUUUUCAGAAAAACAAGGAAAAAAAGAAAAAACUAAACGUCAACCUUUUUUCCUCAUGACCUGGGUACAGUGCUUGUGUAGUCUAUUGUACCUUUUUUGGGAAACAAUACUGUACAUCUUUGCCUUUGACAGUCUUAACUAUCUUACCCUCUGGAGAACUUGACAGAUACCCUUAGAACACAAUGAGUAUGUUUAAAAAAAAUAUAUAUAAACAAAGUAAUAUUUUGCAAAAUGUAUCAUUCCAAUAAAGUUUUACUUGUUAAGACUAAAA